AUGUUGAAUAAUUCUGUUGAAAAAAUUUACGUACCUACACCGUCAACUGGUAUUCGUUUGUCAAAUUUGAAAUGUGGAAGUCAAUAUGAAAUUUUAACCUAUGCUGAAAACGAAGCAGGAUUAAGUACAGUGUUAGCAAACGAAACACUUUUAGUAAAAACGGACGGCUCCGCACCGAGUACAACAAAUGAAAUGCAGUUUAUUAAAGCAAUAUAUGAUACACAUUUAGAAUUAAAUUUAACCAGUUGGACAACUAAUGGCUGUCCUAUAAAGAAUUAUGGUGUUAAGCUUCAAAGAAUACCAAAAAAGACAUUUAUUGAUGAUCAGUUUGACAAAUAUUUUUUCUAUUUACAUGAUACAAAGAGUGCUGAUAUCAAUGGUUUAAUUCCUGAUACACAUUAUGAGUUGACAUUAAUAGCAACAAGUGAAGCUGGAAAUAGUAAUAUAAUAAUUCCAAUACAAACAUUUCCACUUAUCUAUUUUUCAAACAAAUCUACAAAAUUAGCUGUUCAAAAACGUUUGCAUAAUAAUUUAUUUACAUCAUUAAUGAUAACAGUUUCAAUUAUAUUUAUAAUUGUGUUGUUAAUAAUAACUUUUAUUGUGACAAAAUUUUGUCGUCGAUAUUUGAAGAAAACAGAAAUGCUAUUGGGUCAAACGAAAUUAAAACCCGUAGCCCAACGAGCACAGUCUUUAUGGAUGAAAACUGAUAAUGAGUUUACAAUUAAAACGUUUAUGGGUGAUCAUCAAAUUAGAGAAUCGACAAAUCAUUCAAGUAGACCUUGCAGUUUUGUAUCAGAAGAUUCACAAGGAAAUAUAAAUCCGUAUGCUGUUCUCGAUUUACCGAAUAAAAAACGCAUUGUAUUUGACACAAACAAGGAAGUCGAUUUACCAUCCUCAUCGCCGAUCGAAAAAUUCUUCCGUCCUAUUGUACUCAAGUCAUCGAUAAGUUCCGAUGAUAUUUCAAUAUCGUCUAGUCAAUCUAUUACCGAACAACAAAAACAACAGCUUCCACUGUCACAAGAACGAAAUCAACCUUAUUUUCAACUUUAUCAACCGUCAAGUGUCUUAUCAACAAUUUCAUCUAGUCAAGGAGAACUUUGUUCAGCAUUUUAUUUACCUAAAAUUAGUCAAAAUUCGUUUAUAAGACAUCAGGACGAUAGAUGCCGUUGUAGUAAUACUAAAAUGAAAGAACAUUCACUAUUUGGUGGUAUUGUUCAGCAAUGUUCAUCAGCUGAUUCUGGUGUACAUUCGUCUACGCAGAGUCCAAUAUCAAAAUAUCAGGAUGAAGGCUUAUUUGCUGCUGAUACAUUGCAAGAAGUGAAACAAAUUCGUAAUCAUAAUGUGAACAUUUCUCAACAGAUGGUUCAUCAUCAAAAUAAUCACCAACAACAAUCAUUGGAUAUCGUUCAGAACAAUGAUUAUCGAUCAGGUUUACCGUAUAAAACCAUACAGCGUAAUGGAUUUCGACCUUCGAACGUUAAACACCAUCCGUCACAUAAUAAUCAAACUCGAUCACUCGAUGAUUUACCAUCGAAUGCAUCGCGAUCGACGAGUGCCGGAUCACUACCAGUUCCUCCCAGUACAAGUGUACCAAAGAAUCGAUCAUUCAUUGAUUCUCGAACGUCAGCUAAGCUUAAAAUUGGAGUAGAUGAAAUGAGUAAAAAAUUUAAAAAAAAUAAAGAAAUUCUAAAUUUAAAUGAAGACAUUCAAAUGCUCGUUGCUAAACGACUGCGAGAAGAUCGAUUGAUUUUUAAUGGAGCAUCACAAGCCUCACCUAGUAUCAUAUCUUCAACAUCAUCAUGUCGAUUAUCCUCAGCAUCAACGGUAUCCGCUCCUCUACAACAUGAACGUUAUUCAUCAGCAAUUACAAAUGCCACGGGUAACACAAUUACAGAAUCAUACAGUACAUCAGCAACAACAGUACCGUCCACUGUUGGUCCAAGUCAUUCGUAUCAAGUACCACAACUGUCUAAUGUGGGCAGUGAAAGUGUAAUACUAAGAAAAAAUCCUAAAUCUCGAAAUAAACCACCUGUUGCUUGUCCUUAUUAUGUCAUGUAUUUUACACAAAUGUAUCUUAAAAAAGAGCAGAAAGAUGCAGCGAUAUUGCCAAAAAAUAAUAGUAAUUCACGAAAUAGUGUACCGUUGAGACGAGCUGGACGCACUAGUUCUCAAAGUAUAUUGACCUAUAAUUCAGCAUUUGAUGAUCAACGCUGGAUAGAUUAUAAACAACAAAACAGCAAUAACAAUAAAGACAAAGAAGUGGAACAACAAUCAUUAUCGAAACUAUCGAACGGAAUGGCAAUGUUUGAAAAUGAAACAGUUCAACAGUUGCAAGAUCUUUUACGUACAUCUUCUUGGAAUCAUAUUCAAGUCUAA